AUGCUCAGAUGGAAAUGUUCAGAAGAUGGACCGAGGAUCCAAUUGAAACCAGAAGGGCACUGGUAUAGAGCUGAGUACAUCUCUCAGUCACAUUCUGUAAUUUCUCUUCGCGUCUGGGACGAAGCAGUAAAACCGAUUACCUGGGAAUCCCAGGAGGAACGUUGUCACCAUAUCAAUGAAUACUCACUUCCCAGCCCUACUGAUGAUUCAUCGCAUUUCUCUUCCUAUAACUAUACAGUUGAGAAGUCAUCAACGCUGUACAAUUGCAGCCACAGCCACAAGACCAGGAAAGAUCUUCACCCAACUGAGUGCGGAGACUAUGAUUUCUACUGCAUUCCUCCAAACAUGAGUUUCCCAUACGAGCAACAAUGUCAAAAUAUCACGCUUCCAUUUUCUGUUCCACCUCCACCUCCAUCUCAUGAUCCAGAUCCUCCACUUCUUAUUAAUUUUCCUCAGGCUUGUGCAUUUAGGGAUUCUUAUGAGAAGUUUAAGAAAGCUGGAGCAGAGGUAAUCGGUAUAAGUGGUGAUGAUGUAAACUCACACAAGGCAUUCGCAAAGAAAUAUAAACUUCCUUACACAUUACUAGCCGAUGAAGGUAACAAGGUGAGAAAAGAAUGGGGUGUGCCAGGGGAUCUGUUUGGAACAUUGCCUGGGAGAGAGACAUACGUUCUUGACAAGAAUGGAGUUGUCCAACUCGUCUACAACAACCAGUUCCAACCUGAAAAGCACAUUGAUGAGACUCUCAAAAUACUUAAAAGCAUUUGAAUCCUCUUGUAUCGUCUUUUAGUUGUACAUCGUUUAGCCGUUGAUGAGACUCUCAAAAUACUUAAAAGCAUCUGAAUCCUUUUGUAUCAUCUUUUAGUUGUACAUCGUUUUACCAUUGAUGUAGACAAGUGCAUCAAUAUGUAUGAUUGAAUCUUAUCUUUUAAAGCUAGAGCUGUCAAUGUUUGAACCUUCCUUUAUAUUUGAAUAAAGACAAUCAUUUUCUGUUCAA